CUAUAGUAGAAACGUGUUCGGAUAUCGGAGGACCGGUAUAUUAGAGAAAAUUCUUUAUUUUAAUUAAGUUUUAAAUUUAAAAAAUUAUUCACAAUGGUAGAAGAACAGAGAAGACGUGUUGAAGGAGAAAUUACUAGAGUUGUCGAAGAAAUUGACAAAAGUUUCCUUCGGAAAAUGCAGGCAGACAUGCACAGAUGUGCAGCGACGUGUUACGAUAACGAGAGCUACAGUGUCCAUAGGGUCGCUAACUGUGUCGAAAACUGCGGUUCUGCGCUGAACAAUGCCCAGCAGUAUAUCACAGAGGAAAUAGAAAGAGUCCAGAAUCGAUUACAAAGAUGCGUGAUGGACUGCAACGACAGGGUGCGGGAUAAAAUGGGACCAUCGCCCUCUCAAAAUGAUGUCGACAAGUUCAGCAACGAUUUUGAAAAGUGCGCUACGUCUUGUGUAGAUACUUAUUGUGACAUGUUGCCUUCUCUAGAAAAAACUAUGAAAAACGUACUCUCGAGCGGAAAGUACGAUAAAUAAUAAUAGUAAAAACAUGACUUACUCGUAGAUUCAAAUAUCAGAACCAAAGGACAAAAGCGAGUCUUCUGAAAAUAUAGUUUACGAUUUAAACUUUAUCAUUUUAAUGGACUUUUUUUAUAAAAAGAAUUAUUUGAAAGCUCAAAUUCAUAAAUUUCAAUUUAAGAACUUAAUUUAACUACUCUGAGAAUAUAAAUGUUACUGAAUCAAUUGGCGCACAGUGGUGUAACUAUGGAAUUUAUUAUCUAUUUGAAGUUUUUUUCUUGGAAUUAAAGAGCACUAAAUUCU